AUGGAUUUAUUAGAAUAUUUAAUGGCUCCACUUCUCAAACCGAUAUUUGGCGGUAUAUCUAGUAUUUGUGCUGUAGGCUGGUAUAUAUCUGAUUUAUGGCUUAUAAUAAUCAUUAUGCAGUUUAUCUACAUUAACAAGAAUGACGAAAAACAAGUUGAUAUUGUUUAUUGUAUCUGUUUUUUAUUAAUAACAUUAGUGAAUAUUCGAUGGUCAUAUACAUCACCUCGUUCCACGACACCAUCUACAUCACCAGAUACAUUACCGUUCCUUAACCAUAGUCUGUUUAAGCGUAUUUUCAUUCGAACAUCAUUUGGGUUCUUGUUUCAUUUUUGUGGGCUGGUGUAUCGUAAACAUAUCGAGAAGUAUCAGGCAAUCUUAUUCACAGGAAGAAAUUUUCUUUUAGCAUUUAUUAUUAUUUGCCAAAUUGUAUACUAUUAUGGAAACGAUACGUUUUAUCUCCAGUACAAUGCUGAUUUUAAAUUUGCACCAGUUUGGUUACCUAUUUUAACAUCUUGUAUCGGUAUCUAUCUUUAUAUAUUCAUUGCAAAAUGUGCCUCAACGCAUAUUGCUGACGAUGAUAUUUUGAUAAAAAUUGGCAAUGAAACAUAUCAUAUUAUGUGUCUGCAUCUACUGAUAUAUUUUUUUCUAAAUAUUAUUAUGAUUACAAUGUUCCAAGAGAAAAACUUUCAACUUCUAAGUUCAAAUCAAACUUACAGAUACCAGUCAGAAAAGAACUGGCCUCUCUAUGUUAGUUCAGCUUUACUGAUACCAACUUUUGGAGCUAUUUAUACUCGGAAAUUCACUAGACGCAUAAUUGGUAGCAUAAUGUCCGCUAAGUUGAACCAUAAACUUACACAUCCUCCUUACUCUUCAACGCUGGUGCAUAAAAGACAUUAUGACGAACUUAUAAAAUGA